CAAGAAAAAUACAGAUAUACAGCAAAAAAAUGAAAACGAGAAUGAGCAAAAAAAUAAGGAAAAUGAUAUAAAAAUGAUUGAAGAAUCUCGAAAAGCGUUUCGAGCAUAUUUUGUAUUCUCUUGGUUUUUUACUAAUGCUUUGUUAGUAAUUUUUGUAAUAAGUUUUCUUGGUUCAACUUUAGAACAUUAUUUUUCUCAAAAAUCAAGAUCAAUUAUAUAUAUAGCAGUAAUUCUUUGGUCUGUCACC